GUGUGGCUAUUAGGUAGGUAUAAAAGGAAAAUCUGAACGUGACACACCAAUUGUCGAGCGCAAGAGCUCCGCACACACAUCUAACAGCCACACCAACAACACAUACACACACAUUUGAGGCUUGAGCUGUGCGAUUACCGACGAUUAAAAAAAAUAAUAAAUUAAUUUUAACCAAACAAAUUCUAAUAACAUUUAAAAAUAAAUAAUAAUAAUUAUUACAUAAUGGAGUUUGUAUUCAGUUCUUUAACUUACUUGUUGCUUUUCGUGUUAACUGCGGUAUUAUUGUUCCUGAUUCGAGACGAAUUGAAAACGAAACAAGUGGACCAUAACGCGGGUCUCAUCGAUCCACCAGCACCUAAAGCGUGGCCGAUAAUUGGCCAUUUAUAUCUAAUGGCACGAUAUAAAGUUCCGUAUCGAGUGUUCGAUGAUAUCAUGGCCGACUUGGGAUCCGUUUUUCGCAUGGACUUGGGAUCGGUACCGUGCGUUGUCGUCAAUGGAUUAAACAACAUUCGCGAGGUGUUAAUGAUAAAAGGCGACCAUUUCGAUAGCCGUCCUUCAUUCCGUCGGUUCAACCAGUUGUUCAAAGGCGAUAAAAACAACUCUCUGGCGUUUUGCGACUGGUCUCAGCUACAAAAAACUCGAAGAGAGUUACUUAGAGCUCAUACUUUCCCCAACACCACGUCAAACAUGUACACCCGACUUGACAAGUGUUUGAAAACUGAACUUACCGAUUUAACAGACACCAUAGAUUCCAUGGCCGACACCGGAUGUGUAGACCUCAAAAACAUGUUGCUCCAUACUUGCGCCAACGUUUUCAUGUCGUACUUUUGUUCCACCCGAUUCUCCAGAUCCUACAACAAGUUCAAAGAAUUUAUUAAAAAUUUCGACGAAGUGUUUUACGAGGUAAACCAAGGAGCACCCUGUGACUUUCUACCCAGUUUGAUGCCGUUGUACCACUGGCAUUUCAAAAAAAUUAGAGCAUGGAGCUCAAAAAUUCGCAACUUCAUGGAAACCGAAAUAUUCAACAACAGGAAAGCUGCAUGGGUGCCAGGCACCAAGCCUGUGGAUUUCGUAGACAACUUACUUGAUGCCAUCACGCAGCCUGACCGGGACGACGGAUUCGAUAUAAACAUCGGGCUCUUUUCACUAGAAGACAUUAUCGGUGGUCAUGCAGCCAUCACGAACUUCAUCGUCAAGACAUUUGCAUUUCUGGUGAACAGGCCGGACGUGCAGCAGCGCAUACGAGAGGAAGCGGAUGCCGUGGUCCGGGCUUCCGGAUCAAUCGGGCUCACCGACCGAUCUCACAUGCCGUACACCGAGGCGGUCGUUUACGAAUCUCUACGUCUGAUCGCAUCACCCAUCGUACCGCAUUUGGCCAACAGAGACACGUCGGUCGAUGGGGUACGAAUUGCGAAAGGCACCACUGUGUUCUUGAACAAUUACAGUUUACACAUGAGCCCGGAACUGUGGAAUAAUCCCGAACACUUCAGUCCGGAGAGGUUCAUAAACGCGGAAGGGAGGUUAGAGAAACCGGAGUACUUCAUACCGUUCAGCGGUGGAAAACGGUCGUGCAUGGGGUACAAGUUGGUGCAACUAUUGUCGUUCUGCACCAUCGGAACGCUGAUGAACAAGUACGCAUUACUUCCGGUCGAAGACGUAUCGUACGACGUGCCAAAAGGGAACCUAGCUCUGCCGUUCGUUACUUUUCCAUUCCGUCUCAGACCCAGGAAUUUCCGGAAACAGUGAGUCGAAAUCUAUUUGAAACGCAGGUGGAUCCUGCAGUGGAUACGAAAAUGACAAGCGCGUUCAGCGGCACAGAUUACGCUUUUGUAUGUGUGUGUGUGUGUAUGUGUGUGUAAAUGUACACGCGAGUUUGUGUACGUUUAUAUGUGUGAUAAUAUGUGUGUGUGUGUGUAUGGCAAUUAUUAUUUGACGAGUCCUGCGUAACUUUAGGCCCACUCCGAUUAUUGUGUUAGCAGGAGUGUGAGGUUUUGCAGUUACGUGAGACGACAACGUGUAAUAGCUAUAGCUCGUCCAUCCGUGUAUAGUAAUAUAGCGAUUACUAAUUAAUUUAUAGACCGGAAAAUGUUACCAAGAUAGUUUCAAAAUAAAUUAUUUAUGUUGAUUAUAUUUUUAGUUAUUUAUUAUUUGUUUUCACGUCAGUACGAUUUAGUAAAUAUAUAUAUAUACAUCGAUUGUUUCGUAGUGCGAUUUGUGAAUUACCUUUCUAGUCUUAAAAAUAUAAUAUGAUGUUCGGAUAGUUGAAAAUGCAUUAUAAUUCGAAAGAAUAUAUGUUUUAAAAAAAAAAAAUCUAUAGGAAUUUAGCUAGGUUAUGUAAGACUUAAUAAAUUUUUUUAUUGAUAUUAAUUUUAAUAUUGAUGCACAACAAAAAAUAGUGAAGGUUUAGUUAUAAUAUAUUUUAGAACGAGGGUUGGCAAUCUAGAUCCCGCGUGCACUUUGGCAACUACCAAUGCAGUCUGUCGGUGUGUAUCAUAAUUUAUAAUACUAUUUGGAAUUCUUAUUGGCAGUUUAUGGGAACUAAUUUUUUAGAGUAAAAAUAAUGCAGUUUGUUUAACUUAAAAUAGUCUGUCUCUAUUUUUAUAUCUAUGUAAAAAAAUUUACCUGCCGCCGAUCCCUGUUCUAAAAUAUAAACCAAAGAUAAUUUAUUGUUAUUUCUGUUAAUCUUGUAAAUAUUUAUUGACUUGUAAGUUGUAGUUUAUGUGUAUACUCGUGAACAUACUUUUAUAUUAUUUUGUUAUUAAUUGUACUAAUAAAUAUUAUACUAAGAACAAUUUAAAACUUGAUUAUCAAAUAAUUUAUAUAAUUAAAAACAUUUAUAGCAUAAAAUUUAUACUAUAGAAUUUAUGUGUGUUAAAAUGU